AUGAAACUAACCCUGUUCCACUGUCCAGAGGGAGCCCUGGCUGCAGAGAACCCAGUGGAAAGUCUCCAGGAGGAAGCUACAUGUCCCGUCUGUCUGGAGUAUUUCACAGAACCUGUCACUCUGGAGUGUGGGCACAAUUUCUGCCGAGCCUGCAUCAGCCAGUGCUGGGAGGGAUCUGAUACAGCCGCCUCCUGCCCACAGUGCAGAGAAACUGUGCAACAGAGAAACCUCAGGCCCAACAGGCAACUGGCAAAUGUCCUAGUAAUCGCCAAGCGGCUGAGUUUACAAGCAGCAAAGGGAGCAGAAGGGGGCAGGGUGUGUGGGGAACACCUGGAGGCUCUGAAACUGUUCUGUGAAGAGGAUCAAACUCCCAUCUGUGUGAUCUGCAGAGAGUCCCGGGCUCACCGCACUCACACAGUGGUUCCCAUACAGGAAGCCACCCAGGAGUACAAGGAAAAAAUACAAGUCCAUUUGAAGACUCUGAGGUGUAGGUGCCUAUUGUUCUUCGCCUGCUGGGACAUGGAGAAACAGACAGAAAACAAGAGGCAGAAGAUUGUGUCUGAAUUUCAGCUACUGCGGCAGUUCCUGGAGGAACAAGAGCGACUCCUGCUGGCCCAGCUGGAGAAGCUGGAUGGCAAGUGUGAAGAUGAAAAUAUCACCAAACUCUCCGAGCAGAUUUCCUGUCUCAGUGAGCUGAUCAGUGAGCUGGAGGGGAAGUGUCAGAAGCCAGCAAGUGAAUUCCUGCAGGAUGUCAGAAGCACCUUGAGUAGGUGUGAGAAGGAGAAGUUCCAGCAGCCAGAGGAGAUUUCUCCUGAACUGGAAAGGCAAGUCAGUGGUUUCUCCCAGAAAACUAUUGUGCUAUUGGAGACUCUGAGGAAGUUCAAAGACACUGUGCCGUCUGCAAUGGAAACACAAAUUGGGGAAUCUCUAGGAGCACACAGACAGGUGAAUGUGACUCUGGAUCCAGACACGGCUCAUCCCAACCUCGUCCUGUCUGAGGAUGGGAAAAGUGUGAGAUGGAGAGGUAGACGGCAGGAUCUGCCCAACAACCCUGAGAGAUUUGACACUGCGCUGUGUGUGCUGGACUGUGAGGGGUUCACUUCGGGGAGACAUUGCUGGGAGGUGGAAGUGGGAGAUGGGCGAUUCUGGGCUGUGGGGGUGGCCAGAGAGUCUGUGAGCAGGAAGGGAGGGAUCAGACGGAGCCCUAAGCAGGGGAUCUGGGCUGUCGAGCGGGGGGAGGGUCAGUUCCUGGCUGUCACCUCCCCUGCGACCCCCCUACCCCUGAGCCGGGUCCCCAGCAGGAUCCGGGUUUGUCUGGACUGUGACCGGGGGCAGGUGACAUUUAUCAAUGCUGGUGACGAGGCCCCGAUCUUCACUUUCCCGCCGGGCUCCGUCCCUGGGGAGAGAAUCCGACCCUGGCUCUGGGUGGUGUGGCUGGGAUCCCGGCUCAGACUCUGUCCCUGAGACACACAACGGAGGGGGGGACCAGCAAUCAGCGGGCAUGCGGAAGCCCUGGCCAUGCCGGACGAGCGCGCCC